AUGACGCAACGAGCAGCUAGGUCAGUUUCAAUUCACCCGGCGCUUCAACGAAAUUGCAACGGCGCAAAUGCCACAUUAUCAUUAGAUUCAAUCGUGCAGAGCGAUGUAAAUAAAGAGAAUGUGCAGCCACGGGUCAAAGUGCAACGAGUCGAAGCAUCCGAGUCUCAUCUGGAUAACGUGCCAGCGAAGAAACCACGUCAUCUCGCAGAACCUCGAAACAUCAAGUGGAAGCUCAAAUCAGUGACGAAAUCAGAUGAAGUAAACACUCGACAAGAACGCCACUCGCUCCCCGCGCUAGAGCAAACUCCACAUCCACAAUGUAUCGAGCGGAGGAGCGCAAUCAUCAAUCUCGCAAACAAGUGCAAAGGGUGGAUCAACGCAUGCAGCAAGUACAACCGCACGCGCAAAGCCGAUGUCCUCGCGAGCAUACGUCGAACUCAGGCCUCGAUUAAGCUCCUCUUUGAUCCGGGGUAUAUGUACGAUGAGUAUCAGCGGGAUUUGCUCCGAUGCUGA